CUUAAUAAUAAUAAUAAUAAUACUUUCGGGUCAUUUUUAUUUGGCUUCUCCAAGUUUCUUCUUAAGACCUAUUAAAUUUAACCUCUUUUUAGUUAGCUAGCUUCAAGAUUAUUGUUUCCCCACUUUUUCCUGAAAUUUGGAAGCUCCCAAAUUCACAGCGCAAGACCCAGAUUAGAAUAUGUUGAGAAAUGGGGUGUGUGUUGGGAAGAGAGGUAUCUUCAGGGAUCGUUUCAGAGUCCAGAAAGAAUAAAAAUGGAGAUUUUGAAUCCAAUAGGGAAGUAGAUAAUGUUGCAGUUCCGAAGACUGAUGCUAGUGUUGUAGAGGUUGAAAGUGAGGGUACCCAGGAGGAGGAAAAAGCUGAUGGUAUUGGUAAAAGAAAACAAAGGGUGGAAAGGAGAAAACCAAAGCCAAAUCCAAGGCUUGGUAACAUACCGAAACAUUUGCGCGGAGAGCAGGUGGCCGCUGGAUGGCCUUCGUGGUUGUCAGAUGCAUGUGGAGAGGCCCUUAAUGGGUGGAUUCCACGAAGGGCCGACACAUUCGAGAAGAUUGAUAAGAUUGGCUCAGGAACAUAUAGCAAUGUGUAUAAAGCUAAAGAUAUGGUGACAGAUAAUAUUGUUGCACUAAAGAAAGUCCGGUUUGAUAAUCUGGAACCUGAAAGUGUGCAAUUCAUGGCUAGAGAGAUUCUCAUAUUGCGGAGGUUGGAUCAUCCCAAUGUUAUAAAAUUGGAAGGUUUAGUUACUUCGAGGAUGUCGUGUAGUUUGUACCUGGUAUUUCAGUAUAUGGAACAUGAUUUGGCUGGGCUUGCAGCAAGCCCGCUAGUAAAGUUUACGGAGCCACAGGUUAAAUGUUACAUGCAUCAACUACUCUCUGGACUAGAGCACUGUCACAACCGGGGAGUGCUUCACCGUGAUAUUAAAGGGUCCAAUCUUCUUAUUGAUGAUGAAGGUGUGCUUAAGAUUGCUGAUUUUGGGCUGGCAACAUUCUUUGAUCCUAACCAUAAGCACCCAAUGACUAGUCGGGUGGUUACUCUGUGGUAUCGAGCCCCUGAGCUUCUUCUUGGGGCUACAGAAUACGCUGUUGGUGUGGACCUUUGGAGUGUGGGAUGCAUUUUAGGUGAGCUCUUGGCUGGGAAACCCAUUAUGCCUGGUCGAACAGAGGUGGAACAAUUACAUAAGAUAUACAAGUUAUGUGGUUCACCAUCAGAUGAAUACUGGAAGAAGUCAAAGUUGCCAAAUGCAGCCUUGUUUAAACCUCGAGAGCCUUAUAAACGAUGCAUAAGGGAGACAUUUAAAGAUUUCCCACCGUCAUUGCUGCCCCUUAUAGAUACUCUUCUUGCAAUUGAUCCAGCAGAACGUUCGACUGCUACCGCUGCAUUAAGAAGUGAAUUCUUCACGACGGAACCUUAUGCUUGUGAACCUUCUAGCCUCCCAAAAUAUCCACCCAGUAAAGAGAUGGAUGCAAAACGACGAGAUGAUGAAGCUCGGAGAAUCAGAGCGGCCGGUAAAGCCGAGGGUGAUGCUGCAAGGAAGACAAGGACACGCAAUCGUGCUAGUGCAAUCCCUGCUCCAAAAGCCAAUGCUGAGCUUAGGUCUAAUCUUGAUCAGAGAAGGCGCCUAAUAUCACACGCCAAUGCAAAAAGCAAAAGCGAUAAAUUCCCCCCACCACACCAGGAUGCAGCUCUCGACUUUCCGUUAGGAGCAUCACAUCGCAUUGAUCCUGCACUUGUUCCUCCGGAUAUCUCCUUCAGCACUACAUCAUUCACUUAUUUGAAAGAACCAAUCCAAACUCGGUCAGGUCCAUUGGUCGAAUCUGCCAACACUGGUGCUUCAAGACGAAAGAAGCAUGUUGCAGGCGGAGGUUCACACGAAUCAUCUAAGUCUUCAGCAGGAUCCCAAAACGGAAAAAGUGGUGAUACCAGGAUUAAAGGAAAGAAAAGCAUACUUUAAACUUUGAAAGUGUAUAUA